CCUCCUCAUUGCCCUGAACCGGGAAGCGAGGCAAUUUGAAGCGGCCGGGAGGGGGGUUCCUCUGGUAACGGCCGCUCGCCAGGGAUGGGGGAGCCCGGCGGCUACAGGUGCGUCGAGUGCAACCGGGAAGCUCCUGAGCUUUACAGGGACUAUCAGCGCGGAGUGCUGCGCAUCGCCAUCUGCAAAUCCUGCCAGAAACCUGUGGACAAGUACAUUGAGUAUGAUCCUGUUAUCAUCUUGAUUAAUGCCAUCUUAUGCAAAACACAGGCUUACAGGCAUAUUCUUUUCAAUACACGGAUAAAUAUUCAUGGGAAGCUUUGCAUAUUUUGUUUGCUUUGUGAAGCUUAUCUCAGGUGGCUGCAGCUACAGGAUUCAAGCCAAAACACAGACCCUGAUGACUUAAUCAGAUAUGCCAAAGAAUGGGAUUUUUAUAGAAUGUUUGGAAUUGCUUCUUUAGAACAAACUGCAUUUUUGGUUGGCAUCUUUACUGCCCUUUGGCUAGCAAGACCUGAGAGCCUGAAAACAAAGUCAGACUUCAUCUUUCUUCUGAAAGCCCUGCUGUUGUCUAGCUAUGGAAAACUUCUGCUGAUUCCAGCUGUUAUUUGGGAACACGACUAUACGCCUUUGUGCCUCAAACUCAUAAAAGUAUUUGUCCUGACAUCAAACUCUCAAGCGAUUAGAGUUACCUUGAAUUUAAGCCAAAAGCUCACUUUGUUGGCCAUCUUGAGUGGAUUAAUGUUGGAAAAUGGUAUAGUCUACUUGUUCCAGAGAAUGGGAUGGAAUGUUUGAAAAGGCAGCCCAGUGUCCAUUUUCUAAAUCUUGGAUUACAUUGAAAAUCUAAAGAAAAACCAACAUGUUACAUUCUCAAAGAAUUAUCCUCCUACAGCAAGCCUCAAAUAGUUUUCUGAACAAAAAACUUUCCAUUAUAAUUGACUGUAAACCGUUAUGAUUUAAAAUGAAAAACUCCAGUAGUCUGGCUACUGUGUGUGUGUUAUACCAGAAAACUUCAGUCUAAACUUGCUUACUUUCCCACCAAAAAUAUGAGUGUGCCACUAUCCUAAUAGCUUUCAUAGAUCCAGCUGUAACAGAAAAAUGGAGGCUAAAAAUUUCAGUACUACCACCAAUCACUACUUCAGAUGUUUUUUCAGAAGGAGUUGGAUAAGAUGUUUUCCUUAGGAGGGAAAAGGAGUAAUUGAGAAAAUUGAAAUAGGAAAACAAAACCAGUACUCUCUCAGAGUCAUGAACAGAUAAAGAACUAAGUAGGGCCAGAAUCGACUGUUCCGUAGUACAGUACACUUACAAUGGACAGACUAAGCUUCAUUCUCGGAUGUUUGCGAAACAAGUCAAAACAAUAAAGGAGUUAUUUGUAUUUUAAUCUACAAAAUGUAAUAUUUGUGACAGUGUUUUAAAGGACGUGUUCAAAGGGACAGCAACAACAAACCAAACUGUGUGGUAAAAUGGAUUUGAAGUGGUCUAACACAUAAUAUAGGUGAGAUCCUAACUUGUUGUAAAUCUGCCAGUUUAUGCUGAAUAUCUGGCCUAUAGCUUUAAGAAAAGAUACUUUACAGUGCUUCAGAAACUACUUCUGGGGGGAUUCUGCGCCAAAAAAUCUGAAAAAUUCUGAAAAUUUUGUCAAAAUAAUACAAUGUAAUCACAACA